CAAUGGAGUUGACAGACCCUGAAGAUCCUGAUUAUGAGACGGAAAGUGAUGUAGUCAGUGAAAAUCCUGAUUAUGAGAUGGAGAUUAAUGGAGACCCUGAAAAUCCUGAUUAUGAGAUGGAGAUUAAUGGAGACCCUGAAAAUCCCGAUUAUGAGAUGGAAAGUGAUGGAGACAGUGUGAGAUCUGAAGAUAACCAAGAACAAAAAGUGAGUUCAACAUCAGACAAAUCUAAGCACCAAAAGCGAAGAGUUGAGAAAUCGGACCCAACGACUGAAAUUAUUUCAAGCACAGUCAAUGUGGAUGAAGAAGUUCAUGUUCAGCAUUCAAAAAACAAAGAGGGAAUCCGUGUAUGGGAUAAACAACAUUUUUGUUUUUACUGCCAGAAAGGAUUUACAAAUAUUACUAAACACUAUUUGGGAGUGCAUGCAAAAGAAAAAGAAGUACAGCAGAUUGAAUCUCAUCCACUAAAUUCAAAUAAUAGAAAACUUGCACUUUUGAAACUUAGAAAUUCCGGUGACUAUCAACACAAUUGUGCAGUUUUGAAAACAGGACAUGGAACUCUUGUAACAUUUACAAGAAAUUGGAAUGAGGCAUCUGCCAAGCAGUUUCUGCCAUGUCAGUACUGCUUGGGUUUUUUCCUGAAAUCUUGUUUGUGGAGGCACAUUAAGAAUUGCCCUUUUGCUCCAGAAGAAAAAGAACAGAAAUAUAGGAAAGUCUCUUCACAAGCUUCACUUUUGCUUCCAACCAGCACAGAGGUUAGUCAUGGGCUUAGAGAGAAUGUUUUGAAUAGGAUGUCUGCGGAUGAGGUUAGCAUAGCAGCAAGAAAUGACACCAUCAUUGUUAAAAUUGGAGAAAAACUCUACCAGAAACAUGGGCACUUAACUCACUUAUACACACAUGUUAGCCAGAAAAUGAGAGAAUUGGGAAGACUAUUAAUUUCACUGAGAGAAAUUGAUGAAGACAUUAAUUCCCUUGAUGAUGCUAUCCAGCCCCAGAAAUUCCCAACUGUAGUGAAAUGCACAAAAACACUUUGUGGGUUCAAGGACAGUACAAAUUCAUAUGCAAACCCAUCAUUGGCUCUAAAGUUGGGUCAUUCUUUGAAGAAAUGUGCAAAAAUAAAAAAAUCUAUGGCCCUGAUUGAAGGAAGUGAAGAAUUGAGCAAAAAUGCAGAUGCAUUUUCUACUCUUUGUGAAAAUGAAUGGACCGAUUCCAUUUCUAGCUGUGCUUUACAAACUUUAAUGGCAAACAAAGUGAACAAAGGUCAAGGACUUCCUUUAACAGAGGACAUCCAAAAACUGCAAAGCCUUUUAAAGGAAAAGACAGAGAAACUAGUUGUUUUGUUACAGAAAUCAGUAACAAAAUCUGUGUGGGAUGAUCUGAAUCAGGUGACAUUAGCUAGACUGGUGAUGUUUAACAGGAGAAGAGGAGGUGAAGCAGAAAGAAUAACUGUUCAAGCUUUUUGUGAGAAACGAUCAAAGAAUGACUCUCUGAAAGAAAUAGAAGAUUCGUUAAAACCUCUUGAAAGACUUCUGUGUAAAACAUUCUCAAGAGUUGAAAUUCGAGGGAAACGAGGUCGUACUGUUCCUAUCCUGCUAACUCCAGCACUUGAGAGAAGCAUUAAUUUGCUUAUUGAAACCAGAAAACUGGCUGGUGUGAAUCCAAAAAAUGUGUAUGUCUUUGCAAGAUCUAGCUUUGAUUCACUGAACCCUAUUCGAAGUUCAGAUUGCCUUCGAAAAUUUGCAUUAGAAUGUGGCGUUACAAAAGCUGCUAAUAUAACGAGUACCAAACUGAGGAAGCACGUAGCAACUGUUUCCCAAAUACUCAAUUUGGAAAAGAAUGAUCUGGAAAUCAUGGCAGGCUUUCUUGGACAUGACAUAAGGAUUCAUAAUUCAUUCUACCGACUUCCAAAUGACACUCUGCAGAUUGCAAGAAUGGGAACAAUUUUAACUGCUUUUGACAAUGGUGACAUCUCAAAGUAUAGUGGGAAGUCUCUGGAUGAAAUUGCCUGUGAAGACAUAAACUUGGAUGGGGAUGUUGAUGAUGAUGAUGAUGAUGAUGAAGUGGAAGAUGAUGAUUACAAUGCAGAGGAAAGUGAAGCAGUCAGAGAAAAGGAAAUGGAACCAAAAGCUCCUAAACCCUCAAGAG